CAAAAAAGUUUAUUGCGGUGUUUUAAUGGGCUUUUUUUUUUGUUCCUUUUCCGUGUGGUAAACUGAUGGGAUGUGCAACAAAGGGAACAGGAACAGAGCUCAAUGAGCCUUCAAAAAUUAUAAAAAUAGGGAGUGCAGCGCGAUAGAAAAUGCUUAAACAAAAGCUUAAUUUUUCCAAGUUCUUUCCUCUCUCUCUUUCUUAUCUUCCGUUCAUUCAAAUCUUUGAUUAAACAAAGCAAUCCUUUUUCUUCAUGUCCACUGACAUUUGUGUCGAUAAGGCUGCAAAGAAAUGUUCCUCAUCCAUCUUUUUGAAAAAAGCCAAGCUUCGACAAUCCAAAGUUGACAAUUCAUCAGUAUCCCCUACAUCUGACAUUACCAAAAACAACAGCAAGGCUCAGCUGUCAUCCUCCUUUAGCAAAAUUCAAUCAGUUGGACUAACGCUUCUAGCAUCUGUUUCUAAAAGAAAAGCAAAGAAUAAUGAAGCAACGAACCCACCACCAUCAACAACCACAACACCUUUGAGAGCAGUAAAGGAACCAAAAACAAAUAAUUUUGAGCUGGAUGCACGAAAUAGUAAAAAAGAGACGCAGGCCAUCAAACGAAAGCCAUCCUCAAGCUUGGAGCCUUCCUUUUCAGCUAGACCAUUUUCACAGUUCUUUUGUUCCAUUGAAGAAGAAGAAGUUGUUCCAAACGGAGAAAGCGUUAAUAAAGGGUUGUUGCUAACCGAAAAAUUGGUUGCUGAGCAAUAUACGCUUUCACAAGAAAUAAAGCAGCAAAAACAACAACAAACAAAUUAUAGGCCGCCGCAGAGGCAUAGCAUUGCACUUGAUUAUAUCAGCUAUCAACAACGAGGAAUCCCAGUAAAUUUAUCACACCAUAACAACUUUUCACCAGACAUUUCUAUCAUAACUCCUUCCAUAUCAUCAACACACAAUUCGUCACGCUCAUCUUCUUUAAAAACUGUCACUUCAUCUUAUAUAGCAGAGGAGCAGGCUCACAUGUUGAUGGAACAAGAAAUCGAAGGAAACGAUAAAGAAAAGAACACUUUCACCCCUUCUCUUCCAAGCAUACAAUCUGACAUAACAUUUUCCUCAUCAUCACUUGAGCCCGCAUACAUUAAGUCAAUAGCAGUAACAAAUAAUAACAAACCAUCACAGAUGGGUCUUUCUCGUUCAAUUUCACAACAAAUCAAAGAAAAGAGACUAUCAGGUGUAGUCAAUGUUUCACGAGCACGAACAGCUUUCGGGUUUGACACAGCAAAAAGCAAAGAAUCUCGAGCUAUCCAUGUUUGGAGAAAGACGAUAUCACAAUUACUCUUAGAUACGUUGGAUGAGGAAGAGAAACAUAAUGAUGAUGAUACAAUUUUGACAGCUACUAACCAUAUUGAAAACAAUUCAAAACAAGAAUUCUGUGACAUAUUAUCCCAUCCUUUUUUUAUUGUAACGUAUAUAUCAACAUUAAAAUGAGGCAAAUAUCGCAUUCAAAGUUUAAAAAGUUGACCGUCUAACCGCUUCAUACCUUUUUUUUUUAAAAAAAAAAAUGCAUAAAUAUCUGCAAUCAACGCUAUCUUAUGAAUCCGCCUCGUCUUUUGACACUAAAAAUACAAAAAAACACAGCCGGAUUAUACCUUAGAACAACAAAGAUUUGUGCGACCUUCAAUUGCGGCAACAUCAUCUACAUCAAAAGACCUCACCAUGAUAAAAUUUAUACUAAAUGAAAUGU